AUGUUAACCAAAAAGGAGAAAUUGUUAAUCCGCCCGUGGCAAAUGCAACGAUACUACAAUCACCGCGUUAAGGUGGAAACCGCUGCUCCGGCAAUUGAUUUUCACCCUCCAGCAGAACGAGCCCACAUCACGCAAAAGUUGAAAAAAUUGCAAAAAGAACGCGAGCGAACGGAGAAAAUUGAACGGGACAACAUUCGUCUACUGCAGCGACUUGGAGCCAUAAUGAGUAAGAAGCGGUUGGAUAAUAUAUGGACCCAUGCCAGACCAAACUUUUUGAGCCGAGAGUAUAUCUACCCUAUUCGUCCGAAAACAACCGGUGCCGAGUUGGACCACAAUCGCCGACGAUCUUUGUCAUCGAGAUCAUUGGACGAUUUAGGAGAUUCAACCGAAUCUGCAAAUAAUCGUCCAAUACGAUGCAGUGCUUGCACAAGACGAGCAUACAAACCAAACAAGGUGGUACCGGAAGAAAGAAUGCCGUGGGCACCACAACGGAAGACUUCAAAUCGAAAACAUAUUAACGAGGCACAAUUGGAAACACACGUCUGUUGUAGAUUCUGCUGCUGCAAGUAA